UAGGGGCGGGAUGGGAGCACUUCCGGCCGUGCGGGGAGCACUUCCGGCACGGCGGGGCCUGGCGGAGCAGGGCGAUCUGCCUGCUGUGUGGUUUGUUUCGGCAGCAGCUGGAUUUGUUACACCAUCCCAAACAACAAGGCUGUGGCCACAGAUACAAUUAACCAGUCUUCUUGAGAGCAUUAGAGGAGAAGAAGGAAGCACUCAUAAUGGCUUCAGAGCUCGAUUUCUCCCCACCUGAAAUCCCUGAGCCCACGUUCAUGGAGAACGUGCUACGCUACGGACUGUUCUUUGGAGCCAUUUUCCAGCUUAUCUGUGUGCUAGCCAUAAUCCUGCCAGUUUCCAAGUCCCAUAAGACAGACUCGGACAGUUUUGAGCCUAAGAAUUCAGAGACAGUGAAGAAGCCAAAGGCAACUGCUCCACAGAUAAGCAAGAAACCCAAGAAGGAAACAAAAAAGAAACGAUAAAGCCAUGAACGAUGAGCGUCAAAAGACAAAAUAAUCAACUAUAAUCAUGCUUUCUCGGAGACUACAUCAAAAUCAACUAACUGUAUGAAGUGGUUUUCUGGCAUUGCCAUGCUUUACCUUUUGGGGACAAAGGAGAAGGAGAAGAGCAGAAGGGGCAGGAUUCUGCCAUAGAUUUCUUACAAGCAACAAGGACUUCCCAUGUUCAGGACUUUAUUUGACAUGAUUAAUGUGUCAGUUACCACUGAAGUGACUUCUGUCAUUUCUGAUGGGUAGAGAGAGCUGUUGUCCUUGCUCCUUGUUGUCCACGCUGGCUAGGAUUUGUAGUAAAGUCCCUGUGGAGGGUGGAGCAUGGGUUUGUUAUUUUGGAUACCGGUUUGUGUUGUAUUUUUUGAAGGCAGAGGGAUCAAAUGGAUCAAGGAUACCACACUACACAGCUUUGUAUUCAUCUCUGUUGUCAUCUAGUCUGAAAUACAUAGCUGCAUUUUAUGGCUUAAUAAUAAUGUCUUUGUCAUAUUCUUUAAUUCUUUAGGUAAUAACUCAUCAGAUUCCAGACUGCUGUAGAUGAAAGCUUUCAUUUCCCUAGCAUAGCUACCUUUUCCGUACUCCCCACCCAUACACUUUUCCUUUCUGUUCCCACCCUUGAAAGCUGGUCCAUUUCAGGAAGUUGAGGCUGUGGUGGGGACUGCAAAGAUCAGGGAACAAUUUCAUUGUGGGAGGUGCAGAACUCAAUACCUGUGCUAAUGGAGUGUUCUCGGGAACACCAGGUACUGCAUAUUGGAGAAAAGCUGCUCUGAGGCAGGAGUCUGAGUGCUGCAUUGGUCAUGUAUUGAACAGCACUGCCUCGCUGUACCUUUGAUGAACCCUCCUGCCAGCAAGCUGAGUCUGGAGUGCUCCGUUUCAACACAGCUGGGGUUAGUGGCAUUUGCAAACUCCCUCCUAUCCUUACCUGCUGUUGUCUGCUGCAUCUCCUCCUGCUGAAUUCUUCCUGAAGGGAAAUAAGAUCUCAGCCUGAGGAAAUGUGGUAUUUUAAGAUCCAAGGGGUGGCAGGCUGGCUGUGUAGCAUGACUAUAUGGCAAGAGACAUACCCACUGUGUUCCUUCAGGCUCUGGCUCUCCAGGCCCAGGGACAAUCUGGUAUUAGAUUUAAAUACGGCUAGACAGGACUGGGAAGAGAUAGGUGGUGACGUAGCCACAGAGUCUCUGUAGGGCAGCUCAAGCUUCCUGAUGCCAGCUCACAUCUUGGUUUGUUUGAUCACGAAUGAGUCAAUGGGAGGAGAACCUGCUCUUUUAGGCGCACCCAGGGUUCAGAGCAGCUUUGAAGGAAAGGAUUCUCUGGCAGGACUGCAAGUCUGAGAUCCUUUUUGCAUACAUAGACUACAAUUCCUCAAUUCACGAAUGCCCUAUGAGCCCAGAUACGGCAGCGGUGUUGUGCUGUGGCUUCUCUAACAGGAGCUGAGCAGCACGUUUACAGGAACCAUCAGUGCUGAGAACGGCCACGUUCUCUGCUCACUCUUGCUUUUAGUGAGUGAGAGAGGUGGAUCCCAGUACCAGUUUGAUUCUAACCGCUCAUUGCUUCCCUGCUCUGGGCUCUCUGCUUCUCUUAACCAGAAUGCUGAGACCAAGUUGCGCCACUUAAAAUCAAGCUUAGAGUUCUGCUCUAAUUCAGCAUUUUCUCAUUCCUCUCUUUUUUUCUUUUGAGCUAUAUAAAGGCAAUAGUAGGAGGACAGAACAAAGCACGGGAGACAGGAGCACUCUGAAGUCGCUUUGAGUUCUCCAUACAAAGAAACAUUAGAAAAAUCUCCCACACAAACAGCAAAGAACAACAUUGUGCUGUGAGUUUCCAUUACGGACCUGUGCUCCUGUCUCUGAUCUGCAAGGGAAAGAAAAGCGUUGCUACUGCCCUGGGUAGGUACAGCAGAUCACUUCUUACAUUCUAAUGAAUGAGGAUGGUAGUAGUUUAACAACUCCAUCUUUCUGCAAGUUACCUAAAGGAGGGGUUUAAUGCUUUAACGGAAUUGCAGCUAUUGAAAUAGUAGCACCCCUGUUACCCAAAAUACAGCAGUGCUUCUACAGCUGAGAACCAGUUGGUAGUGGGCACUGUGUGGUUGUCACCUGGAAAAGCAGGCUGCCACAUCAACAUCUACACCUGGAGAUUUUGCAGGCUGGCUUACUCAUUGCUAAGCAGACGUUGUGGAUAUUGGGCUUUGUUGAAGGAAAAGAAAGAUUAAGAUAAAUUUCCCAGUCUGUUCCUAGCAGCUUUGUAUCUAUUUGAAAGCUCUUGUUACCUGGACUUAAAGUAUGCUUUUAGAGAUUACUGAUAUCCCAUGUGUUUUAGUUUCUCCUGAAGUCUAAUAAAAGCA